ACUAAAAGCGCUACUACCCAGAACUUUAUCGGUAUUACUUACGGAUAUCAGUGGGAAUAUGCUGCGCCAGAUUUGCCUAGUGCUGCUCCUAGUCGCAUUGGGUCUCGGUCCUGCCAGGAGUCAUGCCAUGACGCCACAGGUCUCGACCACGAGAUCGGAGAUCGAAGAAUCAGAGUUGAGAGUGAAGCGCGGCACCGUCACUGUUGACUUUGGGCUGGUCCUUCGUAAUCUGCUCCUGAAGAGUGCCCAGUUCUCAAAUGCAAAGGCCGACAAAGUCAAAGCCACAACGAGUCGCCCCAGGAAAACAACAACAACAACGACUGCACCGCCAGUCCAACCACCAGCUCCUCCGCCUCCGCCUCCGCCUCCACGCCAAAGGCCAGUCCUGCAACCGCACGGCUACUAUUCCUUCGGCUACCUGCCGUUUGACUAUGAAACAGACUACGAAGAUGCUUUGGGAAAAGCACCGCCGCAGUCAGGCCUUGCCAGACGCCCCCUGCGCCCCUUAUAUUUACAAAGAAAGUCUCCUGGUCCUGCAUUGGCUGCUAGAUACGAAGCUGAUUAUGACUACGAUGCGCCGCCUCCACCAAAACAGGUACCGCCUGCACCAUCACUCCCCAAUCGUCCUGCACCCCGUCGCCGUACCGGUCCCCGUCCGCAGCCCCGUCAGCCGCUGCCCCAACCACAGACAAAGACACAGACGCGCCGCCCAGCAGCCGAGCUAAACGAUCGACUUGUCUAUCAGUACGCACAAUCUACUGAUACUUACUAUAGGCCAAGCGUGGUCGGUGGCGGAGUUGCUGCGCAAGUGGGACCGGUGGAGGCGGGUCCGGAAGACGCACCGGAUGGCGAAAACGAAGACGAUGACGGCACGGACGCGACAGCCCCGGUUGACAAUUACAAUGGUGCAGAUGUGGAUGGAAACUCUGGGGCAGACCUACCGUGGUUUGUAGUCAACUAUGCGAACGAAUACGAUUCGGCUGACUUCUCCAGAGAAUCUUCAGAGUCUUCUCUUGCACAGCCGCCACGGGACGGUAUACCUGUCAAGUCCUCGGGGUACGUGUAUCGAGAUCCGAUUUCCUAACGAAGCCUUCGGAAGGGACAGAAACAAUAUUAGUAAAUAUGUAUGUACAUAUAUCCGUAAGGUUUUUCUAUUUUUGUUGGGGUAUUCUAAU